AACAGGAAGCUUGGAUCAGAUAUCCCUUGCCAAGAUAGAAGGAAGUAGGCAUGUCUGGAAUGUUUUUUUCACGUUGAGAAAAGUACAUACGUCCCACUGCAUAGAAGAUCUAGCUGCCUAGGAGUUGAUUGUAUCUGACGCAGCCAAAAUGACGUUUUCCAGCUCACAGCGAGGAGUUCCAACUUCCCGUACCUCCAGAAUGAUGUAAAAUUAAUGGAUGAUCUCGUUCACGUCAAUAAUUCACAAGAAAGGGAUCAAAAUGAUUCGUCAACUGCUCUUGCUUGGUCACAAAACGUUUCUGGUGUGAACGCUGAUACCAGUUAUGACCGAAAUAUUAACCACACGGGUCGACAGAACUAUUUCUCGCACAUGCACACGAUGGCCUCCGGAAGUGGAAGUGAAUGUAGUUCUGGAUUUCAGUUUAAUCAACGGCGAGAGGAAGGUUACGACUUUGAGUUCGUUCUACCCCGUGAAGACAAAUAUGACUGUCCAAUCUGUCUGUUAGUACUUAGAGAUCCAUACCAGACAGAGUGCGGACACAGAUUUUGCCAGAACUGCAUUAAGCGAUGGCUAAGGGAAACGGAAGCUGAACCGCGCUGCCCAGUUGACAAUGCGCCUUUGGGAGAAGGUCAGAUAUUUCCGGAUAAUUUUGCCAAACGAGAAAUCCUAGCUUUAUUAGUACAAUGUCCCAAUCACAAGGAUGGCUGUGAUACGCAUGUGGUUCUGAAACAACUUCAGAAACACUUGGAAAUAUGUGAAUUUGCUUUCAUACCCUGUCCAAAUCGAUGUGGUGAUAUUCUGCUCCGGAAGGACCUUAACAAUCAUUUGGAGGAGGUUUGCCACUUACGACGUGUGAAAUGUCCCACAUGCCACACGGAGUUACAGGCAGAACAUUUACAGGAGCAUAUGGAUACGUGUCCCCUUUCAAGCGUUCAAUGUCAGUUUUGUGGAAAUGAAGGAUUGAUUCGAGAACAGCUCCAACGACACCUUAAUAAUGACUGUCCGAAAGCGAUCAUAGAUUGUGAUUUUAAAGAGCUUGGAUGUAAGGAAACGGUUGAGAGACAAUCGAUGGCGAAACACAUGCAGCAGUGCCAGCAUGAUCACAUGCAGCAAAUGUGUACAACAAUUGUUUCUCUGGUACGAUUACUUCAGUUCAAACCAGGUACUUUAAAUGAUACUUCGCGACAGUCCUCCAGUCAGAGUGGCCAAGGGGAAGAGGGAGAACAACAGUGUUCCUCACUCAACGCUUUAUCAGGUUUGCUUCAAGCCAGCAUGGUGUUUGGACCCCAGUUGGGACAGCAACCGCCUCAUUUACCGCAUAGACUGAGGCAACAGUUUAGUUCUGACAACAUGUUGAGCCACGGAUCGUCUGACUCUUCAACCAGUAGAUCAGGCGAGGUGAUAAUUAGAAGAGACGAUGAACGGAUUGCUAGCGGUAGAACCCAAGUCAUGUCUACUGUCAGUAUGACAUCUAAUAACAUUCAGGGUGUAGACCUUGAAGGCGCACCUAAAGUACCUCUUCACCAGGAUUUUGAAUUCCAGUCACUUAAAUGUCAGAAUGCAACACAGGAUGAGAGUCUGGCUAGGCACGAACAAUCGUUAGUCGAGAUUCAACAGAAAAAUGACAUUCUAGAACGGACUAAUAGAGAUUUAAGAUCAAAAGUUAAAAUUUUGGAAAAUAAUAUUGCAGACAUUGAAGGUAGGACAUGCAACGGGACGUACCUCUGGAAGAUAAAGAACUAUUCAAAGUUUAGAAGAGAAGCCGAACACGGGGACACAACCGCAAUUCACAGUCCUCCUUUCUAUUCCAACUUUUACGGAUACAAGCUGUGCAUACGCGUGAACCUUAAUGGCGUAGACAGUGCAAGGGGAACACAUCUUUCCGUGUUCAUUCAUUUCAUGCAAGGAGAAUAUGAUGACAUUCUAGAAUGGCCUUUCAGCGGUCGUAUCGUACUCACAGUGUUAGACCAGAACCCAGUGUGCGAGCAAAGGCAUCAUGUCAUAGAAACUCUUGUAUCAAAGCCGCAUUUAGCUGCUUUCCAGAAACCUGUGACCCCAAGGAAUCAUAAAGGAUUUGGAUACAUGGAAUUUCUGCCUCUCAGUAUCCUAGAUAGUUCAUCCUACAUUAGAAACGACACUCUUUUAAUCAGAGCAUUUAUUGUGAACAGCUCUACGUAAAAUCCCAGUCAAUGAUUGUGAUAACUCACUGUGUAUGUAUUAGACGUUAUCAAGUGGAUGGGCAUGUGUAUUUAAUUGAUAGUUGUGAAAUGAACUGCAAUAAAAUAACGAUGCUUUUAAUAAUUUGAAAGUACACAAGGUUCGGAAUGUAUUAGUGUUGAAAUAAUUAAAGUUCUCUAAAAAGAA